AUGGCUGGAUAUUGUCGGUUUAUUUGUCUCGUCGUUGCGGCUUUCGCGGCAGUUCUCACCGGCCAAGUAUUAGCACAGAAUUCGUCGGCAAAUGGCAUCGUCGUAGACGGCAAGUCUUUUGCCCUCAAUGGCGACCACUCCUCUUACCGCUUUCAUGUGGACGAGCUUACGGGUGACCUCUACUCUGACCACUUUGGAGGCCCGGCUACAGAGAGCAUGGCCAUGCUGCCUCCUGCUACCAAUGGCUGGGUCGGCAUGAUGGGCCGUGUCAAACGGGAGUAUCCCGAUCUUGGCCGUGGGGAUUUCCGCAUCCCUGCGCUGCAAAUCCGCCAGUCUGAGGGAUACACCGUCAGCGAUCUCCAAUAUCGAUCCCACCGAGUUGCUCAAGGAAAGCCUGGUUUGCCCGGUCUACCUGCGACCUUUGGCAAUGAGGAUGAAGUCUCUACUCUAAUCGUCUCCCUGUACGACAACUAUAGCUCUAUAGCUGUUGACCUCUCAUACUCUAUCUUCCCCAAGUACGACGCCAUUGUGAGGAGCGUCAACAUCACAAAUGAAGGACAGGGCAACAUCACUAUCGACAAGGCCGCAGCCCUUAGCAUUGACUUGCCAUUUGCAGACAUGGAAAUGAUCGAGUUGAGAGGAGAUUGGGCACGGGAGGCCAUGAGACUUCGUCGGAAAGUCGACUACGGGACACAAGGAUUCGGGAGCACAACUGGCUACUCGUCGCAUCUCCACAAUCCGUUCCUGGCGCUCGUAUUUCCAGAGACCACUGAGUCUCAAGGCGAAGCCUGGGGGUUCUCUCUCGUCUACACAGGCUCUUUCUCCGUUGAGGUUGAGAAAGGAUCUCAAGGCUUCACUCGUGCCAUGCUCGGCUUCAACCCCUACCAGCUUUCCUGGCCUCUCGGACCAGGGGAGACCCUCACUACUCCGGAAGUCGUCGCCGUGUACUCGCAAACGGGAGUUGGUGGCUUGUCGCGGAAAUACCACCGUCUCUACCGGAAUCACCUCAUGAGGGGCCAGUAUGUUGAUCAAACUCGUCCAGCAUUGCUUAAUAGCUGGGAGGGCCUUUACUUUGACUACAACGCGAGCACAAUCUACGAAUUGGCGCAGGAAGCGGCCCAGCUCGGUGUCAAGCUUUUCGUUCUGGAUGACGGGUGGUUUGGCAAAGAGUAUCCCCGGAUAAAUGACACCGCUGGUCUCGGCGAUUGGGCGUUCAACCCAGACCGCUUCCCUGAUGGUAUGCCCGCUCUCGUCAACAAAGUAGUUGAUCUCCAAGUCGCCAACUCGUCGGACAAGCUCAGUUUCGGCCUCUGGUUCGAGCCCGAGAUGGUCAAUCCCAACUCGACUCUUUACCGGACUCAUCCAGACUGGGUUCUUCAUGCAGGCAACUAUCCCCGGACUGAAAGGCGGAGCCAACUUGUGCUCAAUGUGGCGCUCCCUGAGGUACAAGAGUUCAUUAUUGAGUCGGUCUCAAACAUUCUAUCAAGCGCUCCUAUUUCAUACGUCAAGUGGGAUAACAACAGGGGCUUCCACGAAACCCCCACUCCCGGCAUCGGUCACUCCUACAUGCUUGGCAUAUACCAUGUUUUCGAGGUCCUCACAUCCCGGUUCCCGAAUGUGCUUUGGGAAGGCUGUGCAUCCGGCGGUGGUCGUUUCGACCCCGGCAUCCUUCAUUAUUUCCCCCAAAUAUGGACAUCCGACAACACAGACGCUCUGGACCGCAUUUUUAUUCAGUUCGGUACAUCCCUGGCGUACCCGCCCGCUGCAAUGGGAGCGCACGUCUCGGCGGUGCCCAAUCAUCUCACUGGACGGACAAUUCCCAUCAAGUUCCGCGCACAUGUGGCCAUGAUGGGCGGAUCCUUCGGUCUCGAGCUGAACCCGGCAGAUAUUUCCAAGGAGGACAAAGCGCAGAUCCCGGGUCUGAUGGCACUCAGCGAGCUUGUCAACCCAAUUGUCAUCAGGGGUGACUUGUGGCGCCUCAGCCUACCGGAGGACUCGAACUGGCCGGCCGCGAUGGUCAUCUCAGAGGACAGUUCGCAGGCGGUUCUUUUCUACUUCCAGAUACGCUCAUUUUAUAACCACGCCUUGCCACGACUCCGCCUGCAAGGACUAGACCCAGAAGAAUCCUACUCGCUGGACGGCAACGGAACUUACUCUGGAGCCACGUUGAUGAGCACCGGAGUGCAGUAUGAUUUCGAAGGGGACUACGAUAGCCGCGUUGUGAUGAUCCAGAGAGUUUAG